AAACAUUUCUUGAUUUUGUAAAAAUUUAGAGCAAUGGCAAAAAAUAUAAACACCAUUAUUAUGUUCUAUUUAGUUGUAUCUCUUUUUGUACAGAGCAAGGCAGAGAUAGAUGUAACUACCGUUGAGGCUCCAUCUCCAUCUCCAUCUCCAGCUCCAGCUCCAUCUCCUUCUCCUUCUCCUGCUCCAUCUCCAUCUCCAACACCAGCUCCUGCUCCAACACCAGCAACUUCUAAUCAAACAUCAGAUACACCAGCAACUCCAGUGCCAACACCACCUACUCCAACAACUCCUAUUCCAACACCACCUACUCCAACAACACCAGCAACUCCAAAUUCACCUCCUGCAACUCCAGAUCCAUCGCACGGUACAACAGAAGGCAGUCUUAAACCAGAAGAAUGUAGUCCUCGUUGUGAUUACAGAUGCUCAAAAACACAUCAUAAGAAGCCAUGUUUGUUCUUCUGUAAAAAGUGUUGCGCAGAAUGCUUGUGUGUGCCUCCAGGAACUUAUGGAAACAAGGAAGUUUGUCCUUGUUAUGACAAUUGGAAGACCAAAAGAGGAACACCCAAAUGUCCUUGAAUGUUUGAACUUUCAUGUACUAUAUAGGACAACAUUCAUUGUGUCAUUUAGUUAUGUUUUGUCUCUUGAUUUUUGUUAUUCCUCAAGGAAUAAAUGAAAAUUUUAUGA